AUGUCGCAACGCCAUGUCCGUUUCAAUGUUAACGAGCUAGCUCGUCUCGCCGCCGAAGCUAUGGGAGCAAAAUCAUGCGUCAGCAUUGAAAAGUAUCCUGAUGGCAUGUGCAAUAAGAGUAUGCUUCUCAGACUGGAUAAUGGCUCUCAAGUGGUGGCUAAAGUUCCAAAUCCAAAUGCUGGCUUGCCUCAUUCUACCACUGCAAGCGAAGUUGCGACAAUGGAUUUCGCAAGGAAUGUCCUCGGAAUUCCUGUUCCUAGAGUCUUGGCCUGGAGUUCCAAAGCCCAGGAGAAUCCCGUUGGUGCAGAAUAUAUCAUCAUGGAGAAGGUUUCAGGGAUCGAACUGGAGCGCGUUUGGCCAAGUAUGAAUAUCAAAGACAGACUUGCCGUUGUCAAGACCAUUGCUGGUUUCCAGAAAGCCUGGACCUCGGUUUCCUUCAAGAAGUUUGGGAGUCUAUACUACUCGAAAGAUUUGGACGAGCCAACUGGAAGCGAGCCGCUGUACGUCGAUGCCAAUGGCAUCGAUAUCACAGAUGAGAACAUCGCUGUUGGCCCAUCUCAAGGACGCGAAUUAAUUGACAACGGAAGAGCGACUAUCAACUUUGACAGAGGACCAUGGCGCUCUUUGGAGGAACAUCACACCGCAAUUGGGCAUCGAGAAAUAGCCUGCGUUAGCAAGCUGACUCACCUACCCAAGUCUCCAAUAACCCUUUGCGGACCGGGAACCUACCAACCAACGAGACAAAAAAAGCUUAGGGCAUUGAACUGCUAUCUCAAGUUGAUUAAAUUCCUCCUCCCUACGGAUCGAGCUAUUUCAUCAGCACAUCUCUGGCAUGGCGACCUACACGUUGCUAACAUCUUCGUCAACCCUUCUGAGCCUACCAAAGUGGUGGGCCUUAUAGAUUGGCAAUCCACCGAAAUAUCCCCUCUUUACUUCCACGCACGCCAACCUCAAAUCAUCGAUUACGAUGGUCCGCCUGUCUACGGUUUAGAGCGGCCACAGCCAGCAAAGGAUAUAGAAAAGCUUGAGGCGAACGCAAAGAAGCAUGCAGAAGCCUUAUAUUUACAGCAAUCACUCUGUUCUCUCUACAACACCCUGACUCACUAUCAAAAUCCACAACUUUAUGCUGCGCUCGAAUUCCAGCAAACGAUGAGCUACCUGCUUCUACUCCUACCGCGUAAUCUCCUUAUUGACGGCGAGGCGACGUACCUCUUGCAAGUGGCUGAGUUAGAGGCCACAUGGGACACCCUCCCUGGAGCUCAAGGCUCAACUUAUCCUUUCUCCUUCUCAGCAAAAGAGCGGGAAGAGAUAGAGGCUGAGGUUGAGGGCGUGGUACGCGGUAUGGAAGCAAUGCGUUCAAUUAGGGAAAGCAUCGGUGAGCUAUUUCCUGGGCAGGGAAUAGUGAGGCCAGACCAAUAUGAAGAGACUCUGGACGCAUUAGCGCAGAUGAGGGACCAGGUUAUCAAGAAAUUCGCCAAGACUGAGCCUGAGAGAGAGGCGUGGCAGAAAGCGUGGCCGUUCGGACCUUGAAGGCCAUGGUGCUGGAAUCAGUUGAUCCGUGAGAUACAUUGCAAAUGAUGCCUGUAAUAGUACACCUUUUAGUAUAUCACAUUAAAUGGC